AUUGGCUUGGGGAUGUCCCAAUCUAUAUUCUAUACUGAGGUGAGAUGCCUCCAAGAAUGUCUGUAUCUUAACAUCUCUACUAUGUAGAAAUUAAUAGUAUUAAACAAGCCAUGUGGAAGCUCAGUUCAGACUUCAGAGUCCGCCAAGCUAGCCAUACUAAAGCUGUCUGUACUCUUUACCUUGUUUUAACUACAAUAGUGGAAAGCAGAGAGAAAAUGUUGUGGAGUAGUAGUCAAUGUUGGCCAUUUCUUCUUCUGCUAAGCUGUUUAGCUUUAGCACUGGUUGUGGGUUCAGGACAAAUCUUACCUAAAUAUAGCCGUCAUGACUUCCCCUCUGAUUUCGUCUUUGGUGCUGGAACUUCAGCUUAUCAGGUGGAAGGAGCAGCAGGAGAGGAUGGAAGAUCACCCAGUUCCUGGGAGAACUAUACUCAUCAAGGAAAGAUGCCUGAUAAGAGCACUGGAGAUGUAUCUGUGGACCAAUACCACAAAUAUAAGGAAGAUGUGAAGAUCAUGAGUGAUAUUGGUCUUGAAGGCUACAGGUUCUCCAUAUCUUGGUCUAGACUUCUCCCAAAUGGAAGAGGAGCCAUUAAUCCGAAAGGCCUAGAGUAUUAUAAUAAUCUGAUCGACGAACUGAUUGAACAUGGGGUGGAACCACAUGUUACACUUUUCCAUUUGGAUUUACCUCAAGUUCUUGAAGAUGAAUAUGGAGGAUGGCUUAGCCCAAAGAUUGUGGAAGACUUCACAGCAUAUGCAGAUGUGUGUUUCAGAGAGUUUGGAGAUAGGGUCUCCUACUGGACUACCAUGAAUGAACCCAACAUCUUGGCUAUAUCAUCCUAUGACAUUGGAUUUUUUCCACCCCAAAGAUGCUCACCACCCUAUGGCAUCUUCAGUUGCUCUGGUGGCAAUUCCUCUGUGGAGCCUUACACUGCACUGCAUUAUAUGUUGCUAGCACACGGAUCGGUCGCUGCUUUGUACAAAGAAAAAUACAAAGCCAAGCAAAAAGGUUGGGUAGGCUUGAAUGUGUAUGCUUUCUGGUGUGACCCUUUCACAAACUCAACAGUUGAUGUUAAAGCAACUCAAAGGGCCAUGGAUUUCUUCAUUGGCUGGGUUACCCAUCCCCUAGUUUUUGGAGACUACCCAGAGAUCAUGAAGAAGACAGUUGGGUCAAGGAUACCAUCUUUCACCAAACGCGAAUCUGAACUAGUAAAAGGCUCAUCAGAUUUUAUUGGACUGAACCAUUACUUCACAGUUUAUGUUGCAGAUUUCCCCAGCAAUCCCUCUGUAGGCCUUCCAGACUUCAAUGGAGAUAUGGGAAUCAGAUAUUCAGUUUCUAGAGAUGAGACACCCUCGGAUCCUUUUGUACCAGGUUCUACACCAUCCAAUCCAUCCGGCUUGUUUAGUAUGCUCGAAUACUUAAAGAACAACUAUGGAAACCCUCCUGUCUAUGUUCAAGAAAAUGGUUAUGGAGGGCCAAUAAACGAGACACUUAAUGACACAGCCAGGAUCAAUUACUUGGAUGGGUACAUUGGAAGCAUGCUUGAUGCAGUCAGGAAUGGAGCAAACGUGAGAGGAUACUUUGUGUGGUCAUUCCUAGAUGUCUUUGAGUUUCUCAGUGGGUACCAGACACGCUAUGGACUGGUUCACGUCGACUUCGAGGACAAGGCAUUGAAGAGACUGCCUAAGUUAUCUGCUAAAUGGUACUCUAAUUUCCUCAAAGAGAAGAGUAAGAGUAUGGAGACCAAAGUCAAGGCUAUAUCUCAUCCUUCACAGUAGCUUUGAUUAAUGUUUCAUUGAAUUCUGAGUUCAUGAAAAUAUUAGAAACUAUGACCCUCUAUUUCUGUCUUAAUUCACUUGUAAUUAUUUAUUUUUCCAAGAACCAUGAUAUGGAUUUUGUACUAAGGUCUUGGGUUCCCAAGUCCUCCAAUAAUCUAGUGUUGUAGAAUGUUACAGCCUUUAUGCUAAUGAUUUGGUUAUUUCAA